AUGAACGGCGCGACCAUGAGGUUAGGCGGCCCGGCGGGAGGGGGGUUGGGUCAAAGGAGCAGUGGGAAUAGUUUCGGCUCUCCAGGGAGGGUACCCCUUCCUGGAAUGCCUCCUGUCGUGACGCCCACGGGAAAAGCACUGGUGGAGGGUUAUAGGAAGGAUAUUCUCAAUGGCUUUGAGAGGGAGAAGCCAAGAUACAACCCCUCGAACGAGAGCCGGCCGCAGAGUUCCGCCCUGGUCGAUCUAAAGGACCCGAUCCAAGUCCACCUGCUGACCGAGACCGCCCUCUCUGACAGCAAAGCCUACGAGAUCUUGUCGCAGGAAGAAGUGGAUCAUAUCAAGAAGCAGAUGCAAUCGCUCUCGAUGCGCAUCGAGCAGGCCCGCGCGAACCUUGCGAUCCAGUCCAAGUACCGCGAUGCUGCGAUUUCCAUGGCCAGGCUGUAUUCGCCAUCCAAGACCGAAGGCAAGAGGAGGAGUCUGCUGGGCAACCGCAUGAGCGAUUCGGCCAAGGAGGCCGAGAUGGAGAAGCUGGCGAGUGAGCGCCGCUGUGAGGAGCUUGCAACGGAACUGUUCUCGCUAGAGAAACGCCUCAUGGAGCCCCAGAGGCGUCUCCUUCAGCACACGGCCGGUAUAUUGCAGAUGACGCACCGCGCCUCUUCGAAGAAGUCAGGGCAGGUGCCGGUCGGACCUAUGAUGAACGGCAUCCCUGGGAGCCCCGAAAGCCUUUACACCUACACCAACACUCGCAAUAGCAUGGAAAUUCCCAACGGCGAUCUCGACUUCGACAAGAACCUCUACUUGCAUCUGGACCAAGCGGACGGACCGGCGACGCUUCCCCGCAAGAACGCCAUCGAGAUCCCGCUCAAAUCGCCCAUCCGGGAGCAGAACGCCCAGAUGAGGGAGCUGCGCGAGGAAAUCGAGAAGGUGAAGGAGGAGAAUGAGCGCAUCCUAGAAGAAAACAUACAGCUGAAGACGACGGAACAGCAACUGAAAAAGGAGUUCUCCCAGGUUCAGGAUCAACUCGCACAGCUAGCUGCUGCAGAAGAGCAACUCAAGCAGGAUCAUGCACGCUCCAGAGACGAGAUUGCACAGCUCCAAGAAAGGGAACGGCAGCUCAGAGACGAACACGCCAAGGCCACAGACGAGAACGAUCGCAUCCGAGGCGAAACGUCGCGGAUGAUGGACGAGACUAACCGGUACAAGGACGCCGACUCGCGGCUGAAGGCUAUCGAGCAGCAGAUGAGUGCCGAGACCGACGCCCUCCGGGCCCAGAGCGCAGGCCAAAUUCAGGUCCUCGCAGAUACCGAGGCGAGAUUGGAGGUCUUGAAUCGUAAGCUCCGGGAUAUGGUCGUGGCCUCCAACCCGGCAAAGAAGGGCGGAUUCGGCAGCCCAGAAGCCGUCGGCGGUUCUGGCGAAACGCUUACGGCCCAGCUAGAGUACAUGGAACGGGGUCUUGCCACGGCCGCGGAAGAGCAGAAGUUGCUCGCAACCGAAGCAUCGGCAACGUCAGCAGAAAACGCGACAAUCGUAUCCUCGCUUGGCCAGGCGGAGGCGUCCCUUGACCAGCUCAGCAUGCGUGUCCAAGCACUCGCCCGAAAGGUACAAGACGUGCUGCAACAGUCAAACGCCAACUCACCGCCAGCUCCUGAAGGCACUUUGGACGAGCAACUCGACUACCUCGAAAUUGCUCUCAAGACAGUUGGCUCGGAGCUCUCGCGGGCACUCGAGGCGUCGUCAUCCGCGUCAGCCAAGAAGCAGGACAUCGACCAAGUCGAUGCGGUACUCAUGGGCCUGUGGGAGAUCAUCCAAUCGGGCUACGCCGAGAUCGAGCAGCAGAAAGCAGCCCGCCGGCAAAACCGCGCCCUGGGACAAGGCGGCGCAGAUGACGACGACGAGCUGUCGAGCAACGAGUUCGACGGCGACACCAACGAACCGUACUCCUUGCAAGCCUUCUCGACCAAGGUUCAGUGGAUGUACGCGCAGGCGACCGGUCUCCGGGAGCAGAAAUACAUCCUCCAGCGGCAGAUCAAGCAACAACGCGAGCUCAACAACCGCAGCGAGUCGGAGAAGGACCGCGAACUCCAAGCCAAAUCCGAAGAGCUCGAGCAGACCCACCACAUCCUCGACGAAGCCGAGCGCGCCGCCGCCGACGCCCAAGCCCAGCUCCAGAAGGUCCUCGCCGACAUGGACACGCUCCAAAAGACCACGGCCGCCAACGAAGCCGCCUCGGUCUCCUCCACCAAAUCCGCCCAAGACCAGCUCCAAGCCCGCACCGCCCGCAUCACGGCGCUCGAAGCCGAAGUCCGCGAAGCCCAGUCCCGCCUCGCCCAGGCCGAAGCCUCCAUCGCCGCGACGCAGACCCAGCUCGCCGACUCCCACACAGCGCGGGCAGCCGCGGAAGCCGAGCUGGCCACCCUCCAAAAACAACUCAGCUCAGCCUCGGACGCGUCCGCGUCCGCCUCGGCCGACGCCUCGGAGCUCCAGCGCGCACUGCAGGCCAAGGACGACGAGCUGGACCGCAUGAACAUGAUGGUGGUGGAGCUCAAGACCGAGGUCGCCUUCGCCAAGGCCGAGCUCGACGGCGCGUACGGGUCGCGCAAGCAGCGCGCCGCCGAGGCCGCCGCCCUCUCCAACUCGUCCCAGUCCGAGGAGCUCAACAACACCAUCGUGCGCCUGCGCGCCGAGCUCGAGAACGCCCUGCGCGAUCUCGAGGAUAUCACGCGCGAGUCGAUCGCCGCGGAGCGCGAGCGCCUCGAGAUUGAGGGGAAGUUGGAUGAGGUUAUGGGCUUGAAGGGGGAGCUGGAGGUGGAGGUGGGGAGGCUGGGCGAGAGGCUGAGUCGCGUGCAGGAGGAGCUGGACGUCGAGAGGUUGAAGGUGCCUAGUCCGGGCGGUGCUGCUGGUGGCGGUGCGAGCAGGGCGGGCGCGGGGGCUAGUGAGUUGAGUAAACAGUUUAGGGGGGUGAUGAAGGAGGAGAGGAAGAAAUUCCAGGAGGAGAUGAGGGAGGAACAAGCGAAACGGCGGAAACUGGAGGAGGAGCUCCGGGCGCUGAAGAGGGGUCAGAACAGUACUGCUUCGACGGCCAGGGGGGGCGCGCUGAGCCCGAGGUGA